AUGGCUGGUGCCAGCAGGGAUUUCACCGCGCUCCUAGCCACUACGCUCCAACGAAGCGCCUCGAAAGAAGCCGCGUACGCAAUUGCUGUUGGUCCACGGGGCGGAGUGUGUCGCAGUCGGCUGAAAGCUGACAUGAGCAACAUAGCAGUGUUCCAGAAUGUGUUUGGGCAUUCACCAGUAGUAAGGGUUUUUUGCCCAGGAAGAGUGAAUCUUAUCGGAGAACACAUCGAUUAUCAUGGGUAUGGAGUUUUUCCGAUAGCAACAGAGGAGGGAACUGAAACUCUUGCUGCUCCCAACGGAAAGGGGAUUAUUCGAAUUGCGAAUGUGAAUGAACAAUAUCCUGAACACACAGUAUCUUUGCCUUUCGAAUGGUCAGGAGCUUCACCUCCGAAAUGGUACGACUAUGUACUUUGCGGCUGGAAGGGCGUCAUGGAGAGACUGAAUUGUGACCAGAUUGGAUUCGAUUUGUUAGUGGAGGGUUCAAUUCCGCCGUCUUCUGGUCUCUCGAGCAGUUCUUCGCUAGUUUGCAGUGCUGCUCUUACCGCGUGGAUGAUUCACACAAAGGAAACAUUUGAAAGCAUUAGGAAGGAAGAUCUUGCCGACCUUUGUGCUAUUGCUGAACACUAUGUAGGAACACACGGAGGUGGGAUGGACCAAGCUGCUGAGGUUUUGGCUGUGAAGGGAAGCGCACUCAGGAUUGACUUUUUCCCUCUCAAAUCUCGGGUAAUCAGUUUGCCACCACUAGCCUCUUUCGUUGUGCUUCAUUGUGGAGAGGCUCUCAAUAAGGCUGCCACUUCACAUUACAACGAACGCGUUUCGGAGGGGCGUUUGGCAGGCAAGCUUCUACUGAAGAACCAUGGGACAGGAACGAAUCCUCGCUCGUGGCGCUUAAAGGAUGUCCAGGAAGCUCUUGGAAAAACCCUUGAAGAAAUGUUGGAACUGUGCGAAUGCUUACCCGUUGAGGCACCUCGCGAGCAGCUUGAAGAUCUACUAACAAAAGAAGUGGUUGCUGAAUGUCUUACUUCGAACACCCAACACUGGGAUGGGCUCCCUGUUUCUGCUGAGCCAGGACCGACUCAUAACAUCCUUGUAUCCCGCACGUCGAUCCGGCCAAAAACCUGCAAUCAAGUGACUGGGAGGUGCAAGGGAGGCGGUUUGGAGUCGCCUCCAACAAAUAAGCUCCACAUGUCCACACCGGGAGAACGAAAGUUCUCCCAGAAACUCAUGGGACUAGAGGCUUGCAACCUGCCCAUGGGUUUUAAAAUUUCUUUGCAUGUCACAGUAACAGAAAAGAGUCUCCUAAUUCCGGAGGAAAGCCUGGUACGAUCUGAUGAUGCCAAGAAGAUUAAGUACGACGUCAUCGGACUGACAGAGACUAGACGACAUCACCCUCUCAACGCCGUAUAUGAAACUGGAGAAGAACUGUUCUUGGGAAAAUGCGACAGAGGUGUUAGUGGAGUUGGCGUCCUCGUCAACACGAGUAUGGCAAAGAACUUAGACUCCUUCGAACAACUUACGACCCGAAUCGGAUGUCUGCGGAUGAGAAGAUGUGGCCCAACAUCAGCUUUGACUAUCUUCGUUGCUUACGCUCCAACAUCAAGCUACGAAGAAGUCGAAGCUUUCUAUAUGGAACUGGAGAAGUUCUACCGAGAAGAUCAUGCCUUCUACAAGGUCAUUGGUGAGUUCAACGCAAAAGUUGACCCAAGAAGAACGCCUGAGGAACUUCACAUCGGGACCCACGGCCUUCAAUGGAGUGAGCAGGGAGAAAGGUUCUGCCUGACGUACGUCGCUGUUGUGCCAAAGUUCUAUACGGGAUCGGACCAUCGCUUCCUCCGAGGAAGAUUCUCCUUCACAAGGAGAGAGGAGAAAGCCGCCAAAUUCAGAGAGCGAGAUCCCAGAACUAUCAUUAACUGGGAUCUCUUCGCUACGCUAGCCGGCUUUUCGGAAGGUUCUGCAAAGUACAACAUCGACGAGGAAUACGACCGGCACGUUAAACACCUUCACGACUGCACGAAGAAGUUUGAGAGUUUCAAAACCACCAAGAGACGCCUGUAUCUUGAAACUAUUGAGCUGAUACGCCAGCGUGGAGCAGCACGAGCCGCAGGGAACUCACGUCCGAGCUCGCAAGGCUUUGCAGGGAGGUGA